AUGGUGAAGGAGUGGUAUCAGCACAGGACCGACCACCUGGAGGAGCGAGAGGUCAACGAGGUCGACAACGUGACGACAGAACGAUUCAGACGUGGACGACCUUUCGACCUCUUGUUUCACAGGUUCGAGUCCCUGACCACAGAGGGCGUGCACGAGAUGAAGUUCUGCAGCAUACGUGUGGACAACCUGGUGCAGAGGCUGGUGUCCCCGGGGGAAAUGACGGAGACCUUCCAGCGCCGCGCCGACUCCCUCUACUACAGGCGAGUCCACUUCGGCCGACACGUCCAGUUCUCAGGAGAACACGUGAACUCUGAACCGGCCACACGCCUGAUCCAGGUGGUGGAGCGUUUCCACAGGGACAGUUCCAAACCGGCCAAUCAGGACGUGGCGGAGCGCGUCUUCCUGUUGGCGCAGAGACGCAUCGAGGUGACGUAUCAUCUGGACGCCGACACCUUCAUCCCAUCGCACCGGAGCUUCAUCAAACCACGAGAGGCCACGGAGCAGAAGAAGGCUGAGGACUUCACCCAGGACAUGGUGUCCAGCUUCAUGGUGGGCCUCUCCGAUACGCCUGUUAAGACCCUGACUCUGUACGAGAUGCUGGUUUCUCUGAUGAAGGAUGAAGAGAUGGUUGUUCAUCAGAUUGAAGAAUCUCUGAAGGAGGUGAGAGACAUCGUGUCGUGCAGAGAGGAAGAGGAGGGAGACGUUCAGCUCUUCUUCUGUCCCUGGACCACGACAGGAGCUGCCAGGGCCCGCAGCAAGAGACAGGACAUGGAGCGUCAGGCUGCAGAGGAGCAGAGCUGGCUUCAUGAGAAUGAGAAGGACAUCCUGGCUCCGCUCCUCAUGAGACUCGACCUCUCAGACCCUCUGAGCGCUGAGGACGCCAGGCAGCUCCACCAGGAGUGUCUGUCAGAGUUCAAGCAGAAGCUGGUGGAGGACGCCAACCUGAUCCAGGAGCGCUACCAAAAGGAGACGCAGCAGCUGCAGAGGAAACAACAGUGGUACCAGCAGAACCAGCUGGACAUGACGGAGCACCAGGAGGACGAAUACCAGACCUACUGCUCCGACAGAACUCUCCAGAUACGUGUCGCCAUGAGACGGCUCAAAAUGCACCAGGAAGAAGCUCCUCUAAAGUAUCAAGCUCUCGACGAGAGGCUGAGAGAAGACCCUCGAUUGGCUCCUCACCUGCUCAGCUGAGCCAAUCAGCAGCCUCCGCUCCAAAUACCUAUCAGAUUAUUUCAUUAAACCUUACAGCGAUUUCAGUCACAUAUAUUUUUUGUAUCUGGUCACUGUGACCUUUGACCCCUGACCACUAAAGCCUAAUCAGUUCAUUCCUGAGUCCAUGUGAACGUUUGUAUGGAAUUUGUGAAUUUGAAGAAUUUCUCUCUGGGAUUUGUUGAAACUUCAACUUUCCAAGAAUGUGACGGACAGAUAGAAAACCUGAAAUCAUAACUCCUCCCUCCAAAGACAAAUCAAAGUGAUCAUCAGAACAUGUGACCUACUGUGUAAACACUGUGUGAGUGAGUAACCCUGGAAUCAAAGGUCAGAUCAAAACUAUGAAGAUAGUUUCUCUUCUAAUGAAAAAGAUCAAAACUCUGUUUCUGUUUCAUAGUUUUUAUUAUUUUGAUCACAAUAUUAAAAUCACAUCACUCAGCUGCUCUUGAAUAAACACUUUUACAAACCGAAUCAUUUUGGCUUCAUCACAUCAAACAGACAAAUUUUCAUACAUGUUGGAUUAUUUCAUAUGUGAACAGACUUUAUGUGAUUAAACAUGAAUCAUGUCUCAUGUGUGAGUUUUAAUAAAGUUUGUUGAAUGUGAACAAUGAUCAGCUGUUAUUGAUAAAUGUGUUUUUAUGUGGAUCUUCAUCAGUUUGCUCGACUUCAUGGAUCCACACAAAAUCUAAAUGAUAGAAAACAUUUUCCAUGAAAGUAAAAAACAAACCAAAGAUAAAG